GUGGGGGCAGCCUCUCUUUCCCGCGCUGCGAGGCCUCAUCUUGGGCACCGGAAGCGGAAGUUCUUUCCUUUCUUGUUUCUGCUCCCAAAGAGACAUACAGCGAACAUGGCUCCACGUAAAGGCAAGGAGAAGAAGGAGGAGCAGGUGAUCAGCCUCGGCCCUCAGGUCGCUGAAGGAGAGAACGUGUUCGGGGUCUGCCACAUCUUCGCCUCCUUCAACGACACCUUCGUGCACGUCACAGACCUCUCCGGAAAGGAGACGAUCUGCCGUGUGACCGGUGGGAUGAAGGUGAAAGCUGACAGAGACGAGUCCUCUCCGUACGCCGCCAUGCUGGCAGCUCAGGAUGUGGCUCAGCGCUGCAAAGAGCUGGGGAUCACUGCUCUGCAUAUUAAACUGAGGGCAACUGGGGGCAACAGAACAAAGACCCCCGGCCCCGGAGCGCAGUCUGCUCUCAGAGCGCUGGCUCGGUCCGGCAUGAAGAUCGGACGCAUCGAGGAUGUGACCCCCAUCCCCUCAGACUCCACCCGGAGGAAGGGAGGUCGUCGCGGUCGCCGUCUGUAACUGCUGCCACGUUUUCUGACAAUAAAGAGUUUAAAAUCCA